CUUAGAAAGAGAAAUAGAGGAGAGAGAAUUCAUUUCAUUCACUCACUUGAGAAGGGAUUUGGUGCUGCAUUCUUGGUUCUUUCUUCCUGCAAAAAACCAAAAAAAAAAAACAAAAAAAAAAUGUCUGCAGAAAAGUGUGAUUCAAUUAUAAAGGAAGCCCUCAAGAUUCUUUGUUGCAGUAAUGGAUGGUGUUAUGGAAUUUUCUGGGGUUUUCAUCAGACUAAUUCUUUAUUAUUGACAGUAAAAGACACCUACUAUGAAGAACAAAUGGCUCUUCUCAUUGAUAACUUGCUUCUUCAAGUACAUGUUGUGGGAGGAGGGGUAAUCGGACAAGUUGCGUUUGCGAAAAACCACCAAUGGAUCCAUUCAGAUGCAUAUAAUCAAAGCCUAAAUUCUUUAGUAUCAUUCGAAAGUCUCGAGUUUUUGCAGGAUGAUGAUUCGGAGUUCAAUUCCCAAUUCUCUAUGGGGAUAAAGACUAUCGCUCUAAUCUCAAUCGAACCUUGGGGCGUUGUACAAUUUGGAUCAACUCACAAGAAUCCCGAGACGAAAGAAUUUGUCAGUCAAGUGAAAAGGGUUUUCGGAGGAACAGACGAAAUUCAAGAAACGAGGCUCUUACCAAGCGAACCUUCUCCUUUGUUCGAUAGCCGUUUUCUUGAUUCGGAAAUGGCGUUUUGUUCGUUACCACCAUUUCCUUCCUCCACUUCAGAUAAUUUACUUACCGAGAAUCCAAUAGAAAAGUUCCUUUUAGAUUCUGAAAAUUUCUUCGACUGUUCGGCGAAUCAAACGCUUAGCAAUAACAGCGAUUGCUCUGUUCUAACAUCUUCUUGGCCUCAUUUUACGACAUACGGGCUCGAGACAAAUGAUUGUAAUAACAACGCUCAAAGACCAUCGUCGUCAAGUGGCUUAUUAUCAACGUUGGACGACUUUUUUCAAGAAAGCGAUUUCGCUGAUGUCAUCCCCAAACACGGCCUGAAAAACGAUGACGACCCUUUUCAAUGGUUUUCUCCUCAACCACAUGCAAACGGGCUUGUUCCAUUAUCGAGAAAUAGCUCCCCGGUUUUCAUUGAAGAGAAUAUUCCGACUAAUUCAAUGCAGAGUUCGGUGACAGACGCCUUGAGAACUAAUACCGACGCUAAUAAAAGUGCGGGCCCGUUUGAGAUUGGCAAGCUUUUCAAUAAGCCGCUCGGUUGGAACGAGACUUUGAUUCCCGUCGAUGAUUUGAAAUUUGUCGGACCGAAAAACCGCCCCUCGAACAGCUUAUUUACCAAAAUAGGCCUGGACCGGAUUCUGGACGGUAUUGCUAGUGACAAUAGAUACGAGGAUAGAUCUUCGUAUUCUUCUAUUGCUAAAAGAAGAAAAAUCGACAAUGGAGUGAAGAUCGAAGGCGUUGUUCAUAGUUUUGAUGGAAGAAUGAGCAGCAUUGAAGAAGUCAACUGUGAAGGCUCGCGUAAUAGUAACAGCUGUACAGAUGCGGGACCCACUAGUUCGUCGAGGAAGCUUGACGAACAAGCAAAACCCUCGAAGAAAAAGGCUAAAGCAGGUUCAAAACCGAGGCCUAAAGAUCGUCAAAUGAUCCAAGAUAGGCUUGCUGAACUGAGGGAGCUCAUUCCGAACGGUGAAAAGAUGAGCAUCGACCGUUUGUUGGAGCGGACCAUUAAGCAUAUGAACUUCAUGCAGAGUCUUCAAAGGCAUACGGUGAGUUUGAAACAACUCGAUAAGACGAAGGCGAAACAGAGUAACGAAGUUACGUGGGCGUGUGAAGUUGGUGACCAAACCAUGGUUUGUCCGCUUAUAGUCGAGGACUUAACUACCCCUGGUCAAAUGCUUAUCGAGAUGCUUUGUGAAGAACAAGGUUUCUUUUUAGAGAUUGUUGAUGUAAUACGAGGUUUCGGAUUGAUUGUCCUAAAGGGAGUGAUGGAAGUUCGCGAAACGAACAAGAUAUGGGCUCACUUCAUGGUAGAGGCUGAGGGAAAUCGGCUUGUGACACGUCACGAAAUAUUUUCGUCGCUAAUUCAGCUAUUGCAAAUGAGCGGACAAACUUCAGCGACAAAUACAAGUAGCGACGGAUUCAGUAACGUUAUUAGCUCAGCCAUGCCUUCUUCAAACAACUACCAACCUUCGUUUCCCGUCAACUUUGCCGAUGCUAUUCAAUGUGCAAAUUUGUGACGACUAACGACGGUCAAUAAAAAGUAAAAUGUAUACGAAAAAGAAUAGUGCAUUGGAGCCAAAAUGCUCGUUUCGAAGCUGAUAACGAUUUGCUUAAAUUGUGUGGUAGGUAGAAUUUAUAUAUAUAUGUUUUUUCGAUUAGGGUUUUUUCGGUGUGUAUCGUAUUUGUAACAAGAGAACAAUUGUUACCUUAUAUGUUUUCUUCAUAGUUGAUAAUAGGGUAGGCUCAUUCAAUAUUGAAGCUGACGUGUCGAGUAGUUAUAGGUUAACUUCUGAAUUUGUUUUAGUUCUUCCCUUUUGAGUUUCUUGGUUGUGUAUAAAAAUACUUUUAUUGAUUGUGUGAUUUACCAGUAUAAAUAUUUCUUCCGAGAAAACGGAGG